AUGAAUCCUCCAGAAUUCCAUGGUGGGCUAAAUCCUGUGAAGGCUCAGGAGUGGAUAACCGACAUGAAAAGGAUUUUUCGGAUAGUGCAUUGUAGUGAAGAAAAUAAGGUUGUGUUUGCCUCUCACAUGAUGAAGGGUCCAGCUAUAAGAUGGUGGGAGAGUGCUUCGACUCUUAUGACCAAUCAAGGAAUACCUAGAGAUUGGGAGCAUUUUAAGACUGUUUUCUUGGAUAAGUAUUUUCCUAGUUCUUUGAGGACUCAGAAAGAGUUUGAAUUUCAACAGCUCAGGCAGGGAGCUAUGUCAGUAGCUGCGUAUGCUGAAAAGUUCGAAGAUAUGGCUGCGUAUUCUAGACAAGCCGCGUACGCUCCUGAUGAGAGGUGGAAGAUUGAUCAGUUUCUUUUUGGUCUAAGGGGUGAAAUUUCUCAUAGUUUUGAAGAAGGUUCAGGAAGAAAGGGAUCGGUUCAGGAGUGGGCAGAGAGACCAAGGAAGGCCAGGAAACCAGUUCAGGCCUAG